GUCGCGGCGAGCGGGGGCCGCAGAGUUCCUGCUCCCGUGCGCACGACGCUCCUGACAAUACACACGGACGGACAGACAGAAUCGCGCUAAAGUUUGACGGGUUAGGUGUGCGGCGUGGCGGGGCCGGGGGGGGAGGGAUUUGUUUUGUUUUGCCUUUGCUGGGCCGAGGCGAGGUCAGGGGCGGCGAUGAACACCACCACCACCCUGUUCCUUUGUGCGUGAAGGAAAACGAAGGCAGCGACGCAGCGUUUCGACCCCCCCCCUGCCGCUCCCUCCUCAUCCUCCUUCUCCCAGCCUUCCUUGGUGGACACUUGGUCGGCGAGGAGUGUCGACCAUGGAGUGCCCGCACCUGUUCGUGGAGGCGUGCGCCCGGGUGGAGGGGGCUCGCUUCCCGCACGGCUCCCCGUCCUCGUGGUGCUGCUCCGUGUGCCGCUCAAACAAGAGCCCCUGGGUUUGCCUGACCUGCUCGAGUGUUCACUGCGGAAGGUAUGUCAACGGACAUGCCAAGCGGCACUAUGAGGAGGCGCACGCAGGCAGCCGGGACGCUCGCAAAGGAGACAAGGAGACGGAGCCGCAUGCUGUCUGCAUGGACUGCAACAGUUACAGCGCUUUUUGUUACAGAUGUGAUGACUUUGUGGUGAACGACAACAAGCUGGGCUCGGUCCAACGGCUCCGCGAGCACCUGCAGAGCCUUGAGAAUUCAGAGAGGCUGUUGAAUGACAGGAAUGGCAAACGGAAGUGCACUGAUGCAGGAUCUCCGUCAAAGAAGCACAUGAAACUCAAUGGCAGCCUGGUGGUGGGAAGCCUCUCUGCAACAGGACUGCGGAACCUGGGAAACACGUGCUUUAUGAACGCCAUCCUGCAGUCACUCAGUAACAUCCAGCAGUUCUGCUGCUUCUUCAAAGAGUUGCCAGCCGUGGAGUUGCGAAGUGGCAAGACGGCGGGCAGGAGAAUGUACCACACGCGGAGCCAGGGUAUUGACUGCAACAUAUCUCUGGUAGAGGAAUUCAGGAAGACGCUAUGUUCACUGUGGCAGGGCAGUCCAACUGCGUUCUCACCCGACUCCCUUUUCUACGUCGUCUGGAAGGUCAUGCCAAACUUCAGGGGCUAUCAACAGCAGGACGCCCAUGAGUUCAUGCGCUACCUGCUGGACCAUCUACACAUGGAGCUGCAGUGCGGCGUGGAUCGCGCGGGCCGCUCCUGUCUUGGUCGCCGUGAUGCGGCGGUCACAGAAGACGCACACGCCAUGGGCUGCUCAGGCGAGGCACGCUUACCCCGAUCCUGCCGAAAUGGUGUUGCUACAGUGGUCACGGACAUCUUCGGGGGCAUCCUGCAGAGUGAUGUCAACUGUCUCAUCUGUGGCACCGAGUCAAAGAAAUUUGACCCCUUCCUGGAUUUAUCUCUGGACAUCCCACUCCAAUUUAGGGAGAGGAAAGCCAAGAACCAAGAACCUGGUCCGGUGUGCACCUUGCCCGACUGCCUGCACAGCUUCACAGCACUGGAGCAGCUGGAUGACUCGGAGCUCUACACAUGCCACAUGUGUAAGAAGAAACAGAAGUCCACUAAAAAGUUUUGGAUCCAGAAACUACCGGCAGUGCUGUGUUUGCACUUGAAGCGAUUCCACUGGACAGCAUAUAUGCGGAACAAGAUCGAUACAUAUGUGGAGUUUCCGCUGAAGGGUCUGGACGUCAAAUCAUUUUUACUCGAGCAGGAGAAAGGUGAGCCACCAGGCAGCAGCAACAGUUGCAGCCUCUAUGACCUUGCAGCGGUCGUGGUGCAUCACGGAUCGGGGGUUGGCUCGGGACACUACACAGCAUAUGCGGCGCACAAUGGGCUCUGGUUCCACUUCAAUGACAGCACAGUUACCCGAUCAGAGGAGGACACAGUGGCCAGGGCUAAGGCCUACAUCCUCUUCUACACAAAGCGGCAGCGGGACAAUGGGAAAUAAACCUCAAAUUGUGCGUGCACUACCCUACCUUUGACAAUGUGUGCUGCUCAGACAGCUUGGAGUAUGUGUAUGCAUACACCAAUGUAGUCUCGGUAAAGAAUGUAAACGAAUAGAAUUCUCCUUGGAACAAGGAUACUGGUGAAGCUUCAUGCUGCCACGUGGAUAGCAGUGAAACGAGGCCAUUCUUUUGAAUUGUACUUUGUAUCUUGAGCCAAUUAAUGAGCAAUGCUCCACGUCUGCUGUCUGUGCAAGUGAGAUGACAGCAGGCUACAUGUACAUACAUGACGAUUGGGAAGGAGAGUGCAUUGGAGCUUGUGAGAGCUGUGUGCAAGCGUUUGUCCCUGUUUUUGUCAGUUCAGUUUAACUUUCUGUGAGAGGACCAGCAUUGAACAUUGGAAAAAAGUGCCAAGCAAUGGUGGGUCUGUCACAAAAAUGUAAUCUUUUAAAUGAAAAAAAACUUUUAUUUUCUUUGCAGACCAUGUGAAAUCUAAUGAAAUACGUGUCCGGUAUUUGUUUUGCAUUUUAAAUGCAGGCACAAAUAUUGGAAGAUGUGUUAGAUCAGGUUUUGUAAUGACCAAAUUAUGACAAACGUAAAUAAAUUUGGGCAGUCACAUGGCCCAGCUGUAACGCUUUCUUGUUGCUUGUUACAGCGGUUCCUCGUUCAAAUCCAGCCUCCUCCCUGAUUAAUACUGUGAUUAUGUUAACCAUAAAAAAAUAAACGUCUGCUUCACAAUGGAUAAUAAAGAUCCCCUUACGUUACCGCAAGAGUAGGCCUUGUAUGCCAGCAAAUGAUCCAAAUUGUUAAAUCUAAAAAUUAACCGCAAAUUACUUUAUUUGAUUGUACAUAUCAAUCAUCAACCCCCUACUGCGAAAACCUGGCAGGAAUCUCCUUAAAUUCUUUCAGGAUUUCCUGAGUAAACAAACAUAAUAAAUAAAUAUACAAUAUAAUUUCUCACUAUAUUCACAUUUGUUACAAUUUGGGGCACAUUUAAUCAAGUCGCUUAUGAAAUAAGAAUUUCAUCAUUUUUUGGGAAAUUGUUGCCAGAUGACAAGUUUUAAUUGUGAUCAGCAUUUACUUCAUGAAAACAUUUAACAUAAAAAUAGCCUAAAAGGCCUUCCACAAAGCAACACAUUUUUUGUUAUUUAAAUUACAACCUAAUAUUGCAUGCAUUUUGUUUUAUAUUUUAAAUGGCAAGCAAGCACAGGCAAUCGCAACAAGUCAGGAAUUGUACCGGUGUAAGGCGUCUGCAUAACUGAUGGGUUUUUUUCACAAUGACUGGUCGUGCAGUUAUGUCACCAUCAGGUUUAGGUUUUGGAAUGGAAUGACAGUGAAGUACAGCGCAGCACAAACUACAAUUCCAUGUGCGCAUGAUCACAAUUUCUGAAUUGUUGUCUCCAAGCUGUUAUUGCAUUUCAACAUUUGAAAUGGGCAAUUGCAAAGUAAUGCAUUGGAAAAAAUAAACUGAUUUCUUUUCAUAUGACCUCAUAUAUAUGUAUAGACACGUGCUAUUGAAGCAGGACUCCAAUAAUAUGUACUCCAAUCUGCAAAUUCCUGUAAUUUGUGGAUUAUUGAAGGUUUACACCUCCCAUGAUCUGAACCAGAAAUCCAAAAACGAUAUUUGCAUCUUUUUUGGGAGCAGGGAAUUCUCUGAUUCACAGCACACCGUAUCAGCAGCAUCCGCAGGUUAACUUGCGAGCCUUACCGACCUAAUCCAGACAUUUUAUUUUUUGCUUAAUGGGGCCGUGUGGCUCAUUCCACUUGUUAAACAUGGCACUCUAUGGCAGAUUAAAAACGUAUCUUGGUCCGUAAACCAUAAUCCAUAGAGGGACGGAGUUGGAAGGAAACGUGGAUUUAAGAUUUAGUUUUUGCAUCAUCACAGAUUCGCUGUGCUGGUAUGAAUUGUUUAGUCGAAAAUAAUUAAACGUUUUUGUUACUUGGGAUCAUCAUCACAAUCCAUGGGCAGAUAGCCCGUGGACAUAUUUGUCCACUGCAUAUUUCAUCAUUUGUUUCCACUUUCCUCAGUCUUGUGACAAUAUACUCAAGUAGUGCACAUCUGUCUGGCACCAAUCUCUUACGUCGUGAAGCCAUUCUCUGUUAGGUCUUCAUCUCUUUAGACUUAGGAUAUCAAGUCUAAAACAAUCCUAAAUAAAUCCCUUAAUAUAGACCCAUAUGGCAAAUUUGCACCGUUUGGGUCUUGGAAAACUCGUAAUUUAGUAAUCUGCAAAUUCAUUGUGGAUUAAGUUAUCUGGUAAUUUAGCUGGUACUCGCAUGUUUGCACUUCCCCUGUCAUCCGCAAUUUUUUGUAAAUAAAUGGAAUCGCACAGCUCUUUCCUCCCAUAAUCUGCUGCACACCACGCGAACAUUAUUUUCAUGGAUUACAGAACUAACCUCGGCAAUGGGCAGAGAAUUAUGUGCUCCACGAUAUGGUCCCCUUCCAUCAUCACUGUGAGUGUUUGGAGUUCUGCUGUAUAUGCUCUACACAUAAUACGGCUGAAUGAGUGUGGUCAGAUAUUUUUACACAAUCACAACGUUGCUAGUUCAAAUCUAGUGAAGGAUUCGGUGAUUAAUUAGUUACCACUCUGUGGGAAAUUAAAAGUUAUUGUCAUAUGAAGCACCUGGUCUCCUCAUAGUAAGAUUCACAAAUGGCUCAAGCUACUCAUGGAGAUGCAUGCUGCCCCAUUGAACACGCAGACACUGCUACAUGGUGUAUGGUACAUGUGUGUGUGUGUAUAGAUAUGGGGAGCAGUAGUGUUUGAUUAUUAUCUGAAUUAAUCAUGGGCCUCCCCUAGGUAGACUCGGCCUCAAAUGAGUACCUUGUGCGAUGUGCAAACAUCGCCACUGGGGAGACAAAGGCGUCCAGGUGUGGUGCUGGCCACUCAACCCCUCGUGUGUCGUGCCGGUCUUCAUAAGUGCUCGCUAACGGCACUUGUCCCAAAAGUCUGUUGAGGCUAUACAGGAGAUGUUUGUCUUUGUAUGGUUAUAUACACUUACAUAGUACCGACAGUACUCCAUUAUUAGUGGUGACAGUGACUUCGUAUCCCAAUCAACAAAUGAAAUAUACAUAUCUGGUGCGCAUUCAGCACGGUCAUUUUUAUGGUGUCAGCGUGGCUGCCAUAAUUUGCUUAAAGAAUAAUCAUUUAAUUUUACUGAAAGGAAUUCACAUGAGCAAAUAUCAUAACUUGGAUUUCCUUGUAAAAUGUCUGAUUACUAAGGUGGUUCGGAUACUUAAAUUUUGAUUGGGAAUUUUAGUCAUUCCAUGUAACUGUUGGAAAACAUUUAACAAUCAAUAUGUGCAUUUUUAUCAUUGCUACGCACUCUUCAGCAUGAUUUUUGUAAUUUGAAGCAAAUUCUAUUGAUAAUAUUAUGCGUAGUCCACGUAAGUAUUUGGUCGCAAGAAUACAUACACACAUUGGCUAUUGUUGCUGCUUAAACUCUCCCUCACAAAGCUGAUAUUGCGGAAAAAUUGGCCUCAAUUUGGUUUAUUGCUUCAUGUGUUGGUGGAAAUGAGCCAAUUGCAUCCGAAAUUUACCCCACACGUCGCAUGGCCUUAAGGUGCAUGGCCAUCACGAUUGGCAACUAUUUUCCUGAGACAUCGGUCAGUUUUGUGUCGGAAGCAGUCAGACUAAUUAUGUUAUGGCACACACAUAUACGUGUUUGUGUCUGCGAUGGUAACAUAUGUCCAAAAACAUUUAUGAUAAGGCCUCUAUUUACAUUGGGAAUACAUCCUUGGAAAACAUGACGUGUGGUGAAAGAACGUCAAUCUAAACCUAUUUUACCUUUGACUUAAUUAUAUACAUUUAGGAUGCAUUCUUGGGGAGAAUUUUUUGGUUAAAAAAAUUGCAGAAACAAUAUAAAAUACUGUAAGUAAGAAAAAAUAAAAGCAAAAGAUACCAAAAAAGAUUAUGUAACAAAUUUGAAUAUAUAAGUAAAAAAAAGAUCAAAACAGCAUUGGAGUGGAUGCAUUUCAAAUCGAAUUACGUUCCCGAAUCCGUGACAGUGAAAUGUAAAUAGGAGCAAUGUAAAUAGAGGACUUAAUGUAUUUUUCAGAAAGUAUUUGUGCAUGAAUGCGACAUCUGAAAGGUAUAUGUUUACACUUCUGAAGCAGUAAUAGCGUCUUUGCCAGUGCAAUUAUAUCCUGGUGUUUGCUCCUGGAAGGCCUUCAUGGAUCUUGUAUAAGUGAGGCUUUUCUCUCAUUGCCGUUUGGCUCCACUAACCUCGCACUCUUUUAACCAAACACCUGGGGCAGAGGGGAUUAAUAGUAUGGCACCUUUAAUGGGUUUCUCUGCUAUCUUGGGCCAGUUUUUUGUUAAAUAAGCAUACAUUAUUUCCGCCAACACAUGAUUAGACGAUGAAGCCUCUGAGUGUUGUUGUAAUAUUGUCUCUCAAUAUUAGGAAAGAGACAUUUCACAAUCCACAAUAAGCAAAUCGAGGCUAUAUAAAAUGUGAUUUAAAGCUUUCGUGACUGCAGGGAUUCAUAUUCUUGGUUCUUUCGGUAAAGUCACGUACAAGGGCAAUAAUAAAAUAACAUUAUGUUACGUAGAAGGGAAAUAAUAAAAUAAUAUUUUGUUUUAUUUUAUUAUUUCCCUUCUACGUGACUUUACCGAAAGAACCAAGACUAUAUGAAACGUGGUCAACUUCUAAAAUGUGCGAUUUCAUUUUAAAAUAAUUAUUAAAAUAACUAACUUUCAAAUAAAUGUGAAAGUAGACUUGAAAUUACACCAGUUUUUUUCAUAUCGGGAAUCUUAUGCAGUGAAGAUGUAUAUUGACAGAGAUGAAGCGUGGAUCUUUAGGCGUAGGCUGUAAUUGACAUUUUUAAUCCAACUUCUUUAUUACAAUGUAAUGAAGAGUGUGCACAUUCCAGGCUUCGAUGGCAAAGUGAAAAUUAUGGUGCUAUUUUAAAACUCGCCAUUUUAAUUACACUGAAUUACCACGAAUUAUUUCGUGAUAACCAAUAACAUUUUUUAUGGACACUACAUUCAAAAAUACUUGGUGUAUAUUUUCAAACAAUUAAGUCCAGCCCUAAAUUAGAUGAUAUUACCAUGAACUGUAAUUGUCCUAUGGAGAGAUUGGCCCUCAUCAUGGGAAAGACCUUCUUACCACCGAGUCAGAACAAAUAGCUUGUUGGAUGUUGGCGAAAAUUCACAUUUUGCAUUCAUUCAACAAUAACUUUUUUCAUAAAUGCACAUGUUUUGGGUAUCAUAAUAUGUUUUACUUUGGUUUAAUAAUUAUACUGGACUUCUAUGCAAGAGGUUUAAAUGCUUAAAAGACCUGGACAGGCAGCUGUGGUCCUUUGUUAUCAUCUGCUGACAGCAUGGACGAGCUGCAGACACUUCUGGUGCUGCUAUGUUCCUAAACGUUCUGACACGGCAACUUACAGAAUUGACUGAAAUGACCCAUGGCUAAACUUCAAGAGAUGGGUAUUAGUCGGUUGAUGAAGACUUUGUUCAGGAUUGCUCUAUAUUGAGCACUGUUUGUGCUAAUAUGCUGGUCCCUUAACACCUUGCUGAUAAGGCCAAUGACGUAAAUAUUUCCCUUAUAAAGAUAAUGUCAUCUAUUGAAACUCUUGAUGUACCAUGAAGUUAGACAAUCUUUUCAAAGGGAACCUUGCCUACAAACCAUUCCAGGAUAUCCUUUAAUUUUGAGCAUGCUGAAGCCAUGAAGACAUUAUUUAGUUCUGGAUUGGGUGAAGUGCAUUUCACGCAUUUCCUACAAUAGCUUCAUAUGAUGUAAACCAGACCUGUAAUUGUGACCUUAUCUCACAUGAUGCCCUGAUGAGGUUUUAUUUCAAUAUGUGCUAAAUCAUUGUAGAAUAAGAUACAUUGUAUUCGACCACUGUCAUUGCCCACCGCAUUGCUGUAAGUCAUUCUGCACAUGCAAAUAUAAAAGCAGCGUCACAAAACUGCAUUUUCUUGUUGAACACUAGCAUCAUGUAACAAUUUUUAAUAUAUUUUUUUGAAUGCAUUAUAAGUACCAUGUCUUAUCAAAGAAAGCAGGUCCCAUUAAUUGUUUAUGGUUUAACAGGAUUGUCAGGAAGCGGACACUUGCACCUCCAAUUUGCACGGUUGGCUGUGUACGGUGCAAAAGAAAUGUACCAUACAAUGGUGGUAAAUACCUAUUAUCCGAAUAUUUUUAAAUCACUGUUAGGUGCCAGAUGCGAAUUUCACAUUCAUGCCUGUAUCAUCCAUAUGAUGUGUUAUCACUCAUUGCUGUUUACAUUUGUUUUAAUUGAAGUGUGUUAGCCAGUGUGCAUUUCACCAGUGUGCAUUUUCGAAUGAGGAGCAAUGGGCUCGUUUCUAAGACUCGAAUCAGAAAAACUAGGAAAGGGAACCAUAACAACUCCGUAUGCUUCGUUGCAAAACUGAAAUACCAAUCCUGCAAUUCCCACAAUCGGAAAGAAUAUUGCUGUUUGUUAUUUAAUCUGACGGUGCAUUCAGUGUAUAAAAUCGGGGCUGUUAUUUACAUUUUUGAUAAGUGACGAAACUGCACUGAAGUGCAAUUGAUUUUAGAAUUUGUCCUCUCUGGCAACAAUACUAUUAACAAUGUAAAAAUAAAUUGAACGUUUGUAUUUUCUUUCUGUUGUUAGAACGGCAAACUGCUGCAAACAUGAGUUCAUUCAAAUGUAUUCUUCCUAUACGGUGUGAGAUGUAUUGUGCAUACAUGCUCAAUAUGCAUUGUGCUGAUUAUAUCAAAUAAGUGUCACGCAUGAAACUGUUUCAAUUGGCUCAAUGAUUUACGUAUUUCAUGCAAUAUUUUGUAACCUAUUCCUUAGUAUUUUGGCACAAUGCUAAAACAUCACAAAUUGCAAACAUUAAAGAUUAAUCUUUACUCUGCAAAGUAAAGCCAUUGUGAUCGAAUUUGAACCUGGUUAAAAUAUUAAUUUAAUGAGGCCCAAGGGAAAUAAAUGCUCGAAAUAACGUUGAAUGAUUCUAAUUUAUAGCCGAAUAACAUGUGACGUGAAGAGGAAAUUACGUGUGUAAUAUUUUUGUGACGUGUUACUGUUUCUUUUCAGCAUAUGUCAUGUUGCCACUUAUAGUGGCUGGGUCCCAGAACAACGUGGAUCAUGAAUAUAUAUGAAGUGAAGUGGCCCUAAAUGUGUCAGCCAUGUUUAUGUGAAGAGGUCAACUUGAAUCUAUGUCAUUUUUGAAUUAUAAUUUUGGUAGCAUUAUAAUAAUGCUUGUAUUUGAUAUAGGAUGUAUAUGAGUGCAUACAUUCAUCAUAUUUUUAAAGUAUGUAUAUGUAAUGGUGAAUUUUUUUUAAAACUGGGGACAUUACUUGACUCCAUCCAUCCAAGGAAAACAUAACCACCUUGGAUUUACAAAUCUCCCACAACAGGUGUGGCGCUAUAUUUUUGCUAAUGAAAGUGAUUGUGGUACACAAUAAAGCUCCAGCUGACUGGU